AUGGAUUCCCUCAGCCAACAAGGAAAAGAGAAGGCAUUUCAAGUCAUGAAAAAGCACGAGCUGCCACCGGGAACACGCUUGGUUCCUGGGAAGGGCGUUUUCUCGAUAAAGCCAGACGGCAAAGGCUACCGAAGGAAGACAAGGUUUGUUGCUUGCGGCAACUAUCUGCCUACAGAGGAGACAGGUGACCUGUACGCCGCAGGCGCCGACGCUACUACCCUUCGCGCAAUUCUGUCGUACGCCGCCGGGCGACCAUGGGUUUCAGGCACCACAGACAUUCGCCAGGCAUUUGUGCUCGCUCCCUGGAAAGGCGAGCCCGAUGCCGAGCUUCGCCAGGCACGUUGGGAAGUGGAUGGUACUGAGUACUGCUUGCAGCAGAUGACGUCAGAUGACCAACUCUGGCGCGUCACCCAGACCUCCAUCCUGGCGGACGGGACCGUGAGCGAAGCCAGCACCUUGGGCUUCAUUCUUGUGUAUGUCGAUGACAUCUUCACUGUUGGAGACUCCAAAGUCAUGAGCGGUUUUCACCACUGGCUGUCUCACAAGUGGGAAUGUGACCCUGUAGCUAUGUUGACCCCUGAACAACCUGUUCGUUUCCUACGGGGAAAUUCAUCUGGGAGAGGGCCGCGAUGGAGGUGA